AUGUCGUCGCUCACCUUUUACCCGCCGUCGCCCAAGGAGGCGCUGGCCAAGGAGUUUGUGGGCAAGUCGCUCCGGGAGGUGCCGACGCCGGGGGCGGUGCUGAAUGUCGCUGCUGCGAGGCGCAAUUGCGGGAGGAUGCUGGAGGCGGUUGGGACGUUGGGGUUGGGGUGGAGGGCGCAUGUCAAGACGCACAAGACUAUCGAGUUGACGAGGCUGCAAGUUGGUGAGGAUGUGAGCAGGCCGGCGAACUUGAUUGUUUCGACGCUUUCCGAGGCCGAGUUUAUUCUGCCCCUGUUGGAGGAGUACAAGAGCAAGGGGAGGCAGGUCAACAUUGUGUAUGGCCUGCCCAUCUCACAAGGCGCCGUCCCUCGCCUUGCGGCCAUCGCCAAGGUGCUCGGCGAGGGCAGCAUCUCGGUGCUGCUCGACGACCCGGCGCAGCUGGCGGCCGCGGCGGAGCUGCAGAGGGCCUCGGGCGUGAAGCCGCUGGCGCACAUCAAGAUUGACAUGGGCGGGAAGCGCGCGGGCGUCGUCGAGAGCAGCGAGCGGUUCGUCGAGGUGGCCGAGGCGGCGCUGGAGGCGCACCAGGCAGGCCAGGUGGUGCUCUCGGGCCUGUACUCGCAUGCCGGGCACUCGUACGGGGGCGACAGCCGGGUUGCGGCGGUGAGGAUGCUCAAGGCGGAGAUUGAGGCCAUGCUCAGCGGCGCCGAGAGGCUCGUGGUUCUGGCCAAGGACAAGGGCGGCGUCGCGCUGCCGACGCUGGUCGUCUCUGCGGGAGCGUCUCCCACGGCGCUGGCGGUGCAGAACCUGGUGGGGGCCGGUAAGGAGGAGGAGGAGGAGGAGGAGGCCGGACCGCCGGAGCUCCGGCAGGCGGCGACGGAGCUGGCGGCGCUGCUGGGCGCGGUCAAGGACAAGGGCCACGCGGUCGAGAUCCACGCGGGCGUGUACCCGACGCUGGACCUGCAGCAGCUGGCGGCGCACAGCACGGCGGCGUCGCGGCUGUCGUGGCGCGACAUUGCGCUGACGGUGGUGGCCGAGGUGCACGGGGUGUAUCCCGGCCGGGGCGCCCACGGGACGGACGAGGCGCUCGUCGGGGCGGGCGGGCUGGCGCUGGGGAGGGAGUUUUGCAAGGCGUACGACGGCAUGGCGGUGGUGACGCCGUGGGGGAGAGGGGGGCAAGGGGCGAGGAUGCCGGAGGGGGACGUGGAGGACUUUGAGGGCUGGACGGUGGGCAGGUUUGCGCAGGAGCACGGGAUAUUGACGUGGGCUGGGGGCAAGAGGAGGACGGAGCUGGGGCCUCAGGGGGACAGGCUGCAGGCGGGACAGAGGGUGAGGCUGUGGCCGAAUCACGCGUGCAUUACGAGCAGUCACUUUGGGUGGUAUUUUGUGGUGGAUGAGGAUCUGGAGGGGAGGGAGGAUGAGGUUGUUGAUGUUUGGGUCAAGGCCAGGGGGUGGUGA